AUGGCCCCCACUGAAAGCAAUAAGCGCCUGGCUCUGGCCAUCAUCGACUUCCUCGGCUCCAGCCUCAAAGAUGGCACCUUGACCGCCGACGAUACCGAGUCGAUUGAGAUCGCCCAGUCCUGCAUCGCUGACACAUUCAAGGUUGAUCCGACCGACGAGGCCGCCGUGAAGGAGGCUGUUGGUGGACAGUCUCUAGCCAACAUUUACAGCGUUUACGAGAAGCUGCGCAACAAGUCCACCCCUCAGGCCUCUAGCUCCAACGCCCAGGAGUCUCAGGAUGAUAAACCCAAGGCUGGUGCACCCACUGCCGAGUCUGACCGGUUGAAGUCCGAGGGCAAUGCCCUUAUGUCCCGCAAAGAUUACCCCGGUGCUAUCGAGCAGUACAGCAAGGCUUUGGAGAUCGCCCCCGGUAACCCAAUUUACCUAUCUAACCGUGCCGCUGCCUACUCCGCCUCUAACCAGCAUGAGAAGGCCGUCGAGGACGCCGAGCUGGCCGUUGCUGUCGACGCCAAGUACUCCAAGGCUUGGAGCCGUCUGGGUCUUGCCCGCUUCGAUAUGGGUGACUACCACGCCGCUAAGGAGGCUUACGAGAAGGGCAUUGAGGCCGAGGGUAAUGGUGGCAGCGAGGCCAUGAAGCGUGGUCUGGAGACCUGCCAGCGUAAGAUCGAGGAGACUAGCCGAGGUGCUGAGCCCCCCUCAGAGGAGCUGGAUUCUGCCGCUGGUGCCUCCCGCGGUGCCGGUGGUAUGCCCGACCUGUCCUCUCUCGCCAGCAUGUUUGGUGGUGGCGGCGCCGGUGGUGGUGGCGGUAUGCCCGACAUGAGCUCCAUUAUGAGCAACCCCAUGUUCGCUAGCAUGGCGCAAAACCUCAUGAGCAACCCCGAUAUGCUCGGUAACUUGAUGAACAACCCCCGCCUUCGUCAAAUGGCUGAGGGCUUCGGCCAAGGUGGUGGCAUGCCCGACAUGUCUAGCCUUAUGAGUGACCCUAGCCUUGCGGAAAUGGCCCGUAACAUGAUGGGUGGUGGUGCUGGGCGUGGUGCCGGUGCCGGCAACCAGUAA